CAUGUGGGUUUCGUUAGGGUUUGUUGAUUACCUAUCCAAAAUUUAAAUCUUUGCCUGUUCCUAAUUGUUAUACAACAAAUUAAUAAAAUCAAAUAUAACGAUUCAUUUCUGAAGGAAGAGAAAUCUACUGGAAUAAAUAUCAAUAUAAAAAGAAUUUAGGUUCUUAUUUAUUUAAAUGAAAUAAAUAAAAAAUGAAUUUUGUGGAAGUAUCAUCUGCAUAUAUUAAGAAACUAAACCAUCCAAUGAAAGAAAUACGCGAGCGUUCACUAGAACAGUUAAUAACUAAACUCCAUCUAGGAUGGGGACUGGAGGACGAAUUGGCUGGAACCAGAGAAUUACUAGAGGCAUUGCUAGCCUGGUUCAAUGUCCAAAAACCUACUUUACAAAGGGAAGCUUUAGAAUUACUACUGAAAACUUUAAAGACUAAAUCUGGGACCUAUAUAGCUAAGGAAAUUGGUGUUGAAAAAAUGUUGUUAACAUUAAAUAAAAUAAAACCUAGGAUCAGUUUGGAUGCCACUGAAGUUUUCAACGACCUUUUUGAAACACUACAAUUUUUAAAUACAGUGGAUUCCGAAGUCAAUUUUGGAGUUCCAUCUUUGAACUUGCAUUCACAGAUAAGUUCUGAAAGCAACAGAUCAAGUAGUGGCUAUUAUAAUGUGGGACUAAAUAAGGAAUCAUCUAAAGAAAGUUCAAUUUAUAAUGAGGGCACGCAAAUUAAUAGCCCCAGCAGUGAUGAUGGAAUAAAUGUUCUACUCUUUCCUUGGAUAGACCUCUGUCCUUCUGAUUUGAAAACCAUGAUUUUGAUUGAAGACUCCCUUAAAGUCUUGAAAUCAACUCGAAGAUGCUGCCGGUUUAUAAGAGAUGUCUUUUUACGUGAUUUUCCAGCAGAAAUAUUUUUAAACAGACCAACUAUUGUGAAGACAUUGUUGGCUAUCGCUGAUGGUCAAAACGGUGGACGACCAGGAGAAGCCCUGAGUGUGCUUUUAAGUAUAACACAGAUGUUGCAAACGAGACUUUUAAAAUUACUUUCCUUGGAAUUAAUCUCUCAGACAUACAAGCGUAACGUUGACCGUACCGAAUCCAUAGAUAUUGUCAACAUAGAGUUGGAGCAUUUUGCCGGUGAUAACACAAUUUUACCUCCUGAUGACGCUUUGGUUGCCUUAAGACAAAUGCCUGCACCUUUAUACGCUUUGGAUGCACUGCAUACUGCGCUGACUAUCAUGGUCAGACACAUUGUCUUGGAGACAAGUGCGGAAAACGAAAUUAUGGAUAUGAAAGAAUUGAACACAAGUUUGUCCCUAAUAGAAAAACUAAUCGAAUUGUUAUUGAACUGUGUUAAUGAGCACUUCUGGUCUGUGGAGCACACUUCUAAAAUUCACAGGGACAUUGCUCACAAAGCCUGCAUGGUUAUGCGCAUGUUGGGUGAAUUACUUACUAAAUACAGAUCAUUAAUUUAUAAAGACCCUGAGCGUGCACAUCACAGGGUCGCUUGGCUGCGUUUAGUACCAUGUGGCGUAACGUUACUGAAAUGGGCGAAGACGUCUGCAUUACCACCAUCUUCACUGGUAACUGCUUUACAAGCGGCCAACAUCGACCCGGCUAUAGAACUGCUAUAUCCUACAUUAGGCAAAAGGACAGCUACGGUUUUACUGAGUGCAAAGUCAUCAGUUGACCAAGAAUAUAAAAGCAAAUGCAGAGAGCUAAAUAAAUUGUUCAUCAGUAUGGACCAUGCGGUCCAAUUCAUGAAGGCACAAGACGGUCGUAUCUCAAAGAAUAUUUUGACUUGUAUCAAAAACGCGCUACUAGUCCUCCAUCUGAACUUAAACAAAAAGUUCUUGAGUGAUAUAGCAACGAUUUUGCUUGAGAAAUUAAAGGAUUUAGAUUUGGCGGACAGUGAUUGGUCUACUGCUCGUAGUAUAGCGUUGAUUCUAAUGGCGCAUAGCAUUGAAUGGAUUCGGGUGAGCUUUUACAAUAUGCUCUGUGAUAUGGUCAAGUCUGUGUUGAUGAGUGACGAGGGUGAGCAGUCAGAGAAUGAGAAAUGUCUCACUUUAGUAAGUGACGUCGGAGUUCUUACAGAAAUUUGUUGCCAUGGAUUAUCUUCAAAACAGAGAGAGGUGGAAUGUAGCUCAUCGGAAAUAAUGCUGUAUUUGCUUCGUGGCAGAAUGGUUCUGAGUGAAGGCUGCUGGUGGCGUCUACUCGCCAGUCUCUUGCCUGUCUUGCCACUGCUGCACGUUUUUGCGGAACACGAUACACAAUUGGGGAAGGCAAUCUGCAAGUCUUUGGAGCCGGACAUAGUGGAGUGUAUGGGGGUGUCGAGAUCGGAUAUGAUAAUGGGCCUCGUACGUCUGAUGUUUGUGAACUGUGCUGCUGUCAAUUUGGAUGCAGUUCAUUCUUUAUGCCAGUUGAUGGAUGAUAGCAGAUUUUUGCCUCCGCGAGAAUCGUUGCGCACUGACAUCAUUAUCAACGCACUGAGACGCGUUGAGUCGCAAGAUUUCAAUGUCGACCAAUCGAGCUCUCCCUCAAAAAAUCCCCAAACCUCUGGACUUGUUCAGAUCUUGGAUGUACUAAAACAAGACUUGGUUCUCGACGGAGAUACGUCUGAGUAUAUAACGCUAAACCCGUCAACGCGGCCGGCUUUGGAGCCGUCUUUACGGCGCAGUACAUUGCAACAGUUGGCAGUUAUGUUGAGGCAACAGGAAAUACAUGAAGCCUUCCUACAAUACGAUGGCUUGAAUUUAAUAGUCACUCUACUCAGGCUAUCUCUGAUGGUUGAUGACUACUUGGCCUUUCCCGAAUGUGCGAUCAGUUGCGUGUCAGUGUUGAACAGCAUCUGUUUUGUGAGCAGGCAUUCUUUGGCUAAGAUAACUGAUCUGCCUUUACUGUUACUGAGAGUUAUUUUGGUAUUUCCGGCGAAUGAAAACACGGUUUUAAUGGCUGCUCAAGUAUUAUCAUUAGUAGCUUGGGCAGGAUUCGCCCUGCAGGAGCUAGAUGCAAAUCGUCGUAGAGUUCCUGCGUUACCAUUCAGUGUAACACAGAGGACAUCCCUUCCAUUUAAGGCAAAUAGUUAUUGGUCUACGAGCCCUAAUACCGAACGCUCGUCCGUAGAAUGGCUGUUAAGUGAGGAGUUAUGGCGGAAUGCUAUUCGCGUUCGCUGGUGGUGGGUGUGUGGUGGUGGAGCCAAGCUACUGCGUAGCUCUACGCCUUUAUCGCCAGUUUCGCCGCCCCCACUAAAUGAGUUGGCAGCAUUAAGAACCGCCCAUCUCCAAAACUCUUGCUCUAAACAUCUGCUUGCAUUUGAGAAUGCUACGACACAUGCGCAAGUUAACGAUGCCUUGCAUUUGUUGGAGAGUUACACCCAUUUGAUACAAAUAUCACCAGCGAAUGCCAAAGAGUUGGGAAGUCUGCCAUGGCAGCAUACUAAGAGGUUUCUCAACGCACCGCCGGCCUCGUCCCGAGAUACUGCUUUGUUAAUUUCUUUAUUGCAGUUUAUCGUUGCGUAUAUGGACAAUGUAUCAAAAGAAGAAGGCAACACGAUGCAGUGGAUAAAGUCUUCUUUUAUCGAUAACGAUGCGACUGUGAUAUCUCUGUUGAGUCGAGAACGCCUGUACCCUCAACAAACGGUUCAAGAGGACAUAGAGAUCACUCAGUUGCGGAUACACAUAGUUAAAGUACUUGUAAGAUGUGUCAUACUUGUGGAAAAUCAAGGCGACUAUAGCUGCGGCAAGAUGGAAAGCCUGUUGAAGAUUUUACUAGCCUGCUUGGAAAGGAUCGACUUGAAGAAUUUUCAUGUUUUGGGAUAUCUCAACGAGUUGAUACGCUGCAUAAGAUACGCAAUAAAUUCCCGGUACUGCAAGUUAUCAGAGGAUUCGCUCAUACAGAGCUUGAAGGUGAUGACGUAUGCCUUGAGCGGAUGCGCGUCCGGGGCCGGUCGGAAAGGACAAGCGUGCAGAUUGGAUGCUAUGCUUUCAUUGCUGGCUUUGUUGAGACAGAUCCGUGAGCAUUCCAUUCCAGUACAGAGAUGGAGCGAAGUGUGGGACUGCAACGUAGUCCGUGCGUUAGUCAGAUGCAGUACCGGCGAUGGCACGGAACUUCGCGCAACCGCUCUGCACAUAAUGGCCGCACUCACACAAUACGCACAACUGAUGCCACAGUUAAUGCAAUGUGUUCCAAAGGAGUCGUUGGUACAGCACGGGAUAGAAAUCUUCUCUCAAGAGGGCGAGGCAAACGUAGUUCGGACAGCGGCAGCUUCUUUGUUGACCUCGCUCACUGCACGAACUUCCCCUCACACGCAGGUUUUAGAACACGAAGUUCUUCGAGCAAUCAGUGAGGGCAAUUUCAUAGAAGAGUGUUUACACAUUUUUAUAGAUUUUUGCAAUGAUACUGCGGAUUUCAGAAAUUGUAUAGAGCCAAACGUACCGCUGUCGCUAUUGGAGCGUAGAUCGGAACUAGAAGUGCGUAUGCACAAGAGCGGGGAAAUGAAUCUGUCGCCGUCGUUACGAUUUCACAAACCCCCGCCAUCUGCCGCGCUGGUUGCAGCUAUAGCUGAUGUACUGCAUAAUGUGACCGCAUACAAAAGUGCACCCGUACAGUUAUGGAAUGAGCGAGGACUCUACAGGGUUUUGUUCAGAUGCACGGCUUGGCCCCGAGGAUCGAUAUCGGAAGUGUACCGGGUACGGAUGUCUACGUGCAGAGCCCUAGCUACGGCAGCAUUGGUUAAGUGCGUGAGGGUUUCGCUUGCGGGCACCAAAGAUUGUCUUUACAAUCUCAUUGGUACAUUGACGCCUGUGGUGGAAGAGGAGUAUGACAGGGAAUGUAUAUCGUCACGAACGCAGGGAUUGUACCUGCUUGCUGCGCUACUCCCAGAGACAUCCGCAAGUGAAGUUGUAUGGUGCGAGUUGAAAAAGAACUCGGCACUUUUACAUUUAAUGCUCUAUGCCCUGGAAUGUGAAAAUCUCGAUUUUCAAGAAACAGGGAUGCACUGUCUGACGCAACUAACUCGAUCUAUAUCGCAUAAAAGAAAUAAAGAUAAUGCAAAAGAAGAAUUCUAUAUAGAUUUUCUGAACAAUAUAAAAUCGUCUCGCUCGAAAAGAUUGUCGCACAAAUUUUCUGCCGGUGAUAACGCAAGUGCCGAUUGCCAACCGGAGUAUAUGAUUGAGGAUAUUAUUAAAAUAUUGAUAGAUAUUUACCGACAGAAUAUGGAUAUUAAAAAGUGUCUCUCUAGUCAAGACGACAAAUGGACGCUAGUUUGUUCGUGUCUUUGCUCCGUGCUGUCUGUCAGUGCCCGCGCUCGCAUGUACUGCGUGCACAGACACUUUACGGGCACGCUUCUACAGUCACUUCAGACGCUCCGAGACACGCUCUCGUUGCAAGGCAAACCUGUUGACGUCAUUAAAAAUGCGGAUAAUGAGCCGAUACUUAUCACUUUAAAUUGGGUCCUCACACUGAUAACAUGCCUAAUGUUAGAAUGUAGUCCAGCCAAAGAGCGCAUUGCGGAAGAUAUAGCAACCUCUUUGAUACGACUGUGGCCCUGGUGCAUGAUCACUGAACAACUGAGAGAUACCAUCAUGCGAUUGUUGGUCACUUUUACGAACGAGUGCCCCAGAGCGUGGGCCAGUACGUGUAGCUGCGUCGGUGGCCGCAGCUUGUUGAACGAAAUAGGCUCGCUCGUCAGUAAGGAGGCGGCCCGACCGCGUCCUACUGUUACGCUGCAGUACAGUCUUAGAAUACUGCGCCACUGUUUGCCGCAUCACCAUUGCAGAACUAUAAUUAUAAAGCACGAGGUGCUAAACUGUAUAUGCAAGCUGCGUGCACGGGGAGGUCACGGUUCCACCGCCGCGAGCGAAGAGUGGACAAAGCUAUGCGAAGCGAUGGCGCGGUAUCCCGACGGCGCAACUGCGGUUUUAGCCACAAUAUCGCUGCCUGCAUUGAAACCCACUCCUGCGAGGCUGCUGCCCGCGCUCGCACAUGCUGCUCAUCAUCAUAGGCUGACCUUCCUGCAGUCGCCGGACCUCCUGGAAUUACUAUCUGGUUGCCUUCACACCGGUGACAUGGCAGAAAUAGUGUCUGCGGCGAGGGCUGUAUGGGCGCUGGCAGCAAAUAACCACCGGGCGAAACUUGUUCUGCGAAGCGCCGGCAUAACAUCAGCGGUGCAAUCCACAAUGCAGCGGUUGCAGAAACACUCCAACGACGUCUCAACACAACGCGCUCUCGAGCUGCUCACUUACAUACUGACCGUCUUGCAAACUACCUGAUUAUUCUGGAUGGAUGGAAUUUACUGGAAUUUA